GCUUCCCGCGGCUCGCAUGGCGGCUGGAGACUUCCCCGUCCAACCCUUCCCUCGGGCCGUCUUCCAUUCCUCUGCUCCGAAUUGCCCUUUCUUCAUUCCCCUGGAACAACAGAAACAUUGCACUUUGCCCAUUCGUGUUUCUCAGAGAGUCGUCGGGAGCUGAGCUUCUGCCUGAGGAAAUGCCCGUUGCGCACGCAUGCCUCCUUGGGGCGUUUCCCGAGCGCUUCUCUCCCCAAAGCUCGGGGGGACGGGGAUCGGAGGUCUCCUGGUGGGGGAUGUGUGUGUGGGAGGACGAUCUGUGCUUCUGGCCACAUCCUCAGAACCUCUCUCUGCAGGAGCAGUCUAUCAGUGGGUGUCAUCCCUCCCACCCCUUUCCCCACGGCCUUUGGGGAAGGAAACGCUCUGUGGUCCUUCCUGCCACCCUUCUGGGCUCCUCCCAAAGAAGCAUGCGUCUUUGGGGCCGCCUGUUCUCCCCCUUGCGUGCCCUACUGAAACCCUUCUUGGGGGCUCCCGAAUCCAGCCCCAGGCUUUCAGAGGGGCAGGCGGCUCACCGAGGCACCUUUCCAAGAGGUGGCUCUUUCCCUCUUCCGCCGGGGGAGACCAACUGGCCCUCGUCCACCCCAGCACAGGAAAGGUUACAGGGCCUGUUGCUGUGGCCGACUUUUGUCUUUCUAGAAGAUGGUAUAACUCUGCUGGAGUCUUCUCAGCUUCCUAAGAUGUUUGGUUUUUAAUUUCUGGUUAUUUUUAAAUGGUUAAAUUGUUUCUCACGUUUUUGUAUAUGUUUUUAACUGGUUUUAUGUUAUUGUAAACCACCCAGAGACGAAAGUUUGGGGCGGUAUACAAAUCGGAUAGCUAGACAGAUAGAUAAGAGCGAUGAAAUACGCAUUCCCCCCAAGAACACAAGCUUUUCGAGACCUCUUUCAUGCAGCGCAAAUACAAUGAAACCUAAAGCAGAUGUUUAAGAAUCAGUAAAUCUAACAGCAUUUUCCCGAGCUCCUGAAUUGUUCAACCCCUCUCAGAUUCAGGAGUCGGGCAGGCAACUGUUUACAUUGUGAUCCGGAUGCAAUAAGCUCGUUAGUAUGAAAUACGGCUGCCUCCUUUUAUUCUUCGUUAUGUAUUUUUAGUAGUUCUGGCGGGUCCACUUUCAGGACCUCAAUCUGUGUUCAGGAGGACUUUGAAAAAUCUAUUUGGUUUUAUGGUUUGUAGUAGAAGUGUGAGUGUUUCCUCUUCCACAUUUGUUUUAAUCUUACGCUGGCCGAAAUAAAGUUUAAGAGAGCAAAGGUUUUGAGGCAAACAUAGGAAACUUUGAAAGGUUUGCUGUUUUUGACGUCUGCUUUCUUUUAUUUGGGCACUGAAGAGGUCUCGAAAGGUUUGUGGUCUCUGUCUUCCCCCUUCGAUUGUGAGCCACUUGGUGGACAGGGCGUCUCCUCCCUUCCCUCUCCCUCUCCGAGAACGGUUCCCUUUCUUCUCCUCGCUCUUCCCCCACCAGCCCACAACCCCGACAUCCCGCUUCUCACUGCUCCGUCGCUCUUCUCCCCCCUUUUUCUCGCUGGUCACCCCACACCCCUCCCCACGGCAGACUUUGCAAGGGGCCUGCAGCUGCCAGAGGAGAGCUGCGGGCCCUUCUUCUCCCCCUCUCUGGGAAGGGGGGCAGGGAUGGGAGCCACCACUCAGCCCCAUCCGGCCGCUGCCACGCUUUCCCCGCUCUCCGUGCCUUCAGGACAGAAAGGGGGCUGGAACAGAACCACAGGGACGGUGGUGGUGGUGGUGGUGGUGGUGGUGGUGGUGUUUCCACACUUCCUAUGGUUCCCUUCCCAGCUCCCUGCGUUUCAAAGAGGCAGAGCGAGAGCCGCGCGGCUGGGUGGACCCGAGCAGUGGCGGGCGGCUUCCUGAGGCGGAGAGCCCUUUGCCGAGGGGCCACCCCCAAGCCCUGCCGCUUGAGGUGUCUGCCUCCCUCCGCCUCACGGAAGGGCCGCCCUCUUCCUUGCCAACAGGCUUCUCCUAAGGCACAAACUGAGCUCCCAGGAGCUGACCGGUCUGGGCUGUGGGCCGGCAAUCUGCCCGCUGCAGGACGCGACUCUCUGAGAAACCCCUUGGAGAAUGCGCAAAGUCCAAUGUGUUCCCGGGGAAGGAACGCCAUUCGAAGCAGAUCGAUGAAAGACGGGACCCUCCCGGAAAAGACAAGGAGAUCCAGGAGGGGGCGCUGUACUCGGGCCCAGCCUCCCAGAGCGUGCCCGGAACUCCCCCCCCCGGCAGGGGUGCCCCCGAAAGCAUCCCCUCCUCCCCCUCCUCCUGCUUACGGCCUUUGCCCCAAGAGGCCAACUCUGUCAGCCUGAUGGCCGACCUUUCUGCGAUCACUCGGCAAAGAGGCACCUUCUAAGGCGGUGAUUCUCUGGAUUGGAGCAGGGGGAGAGUAACCGACCCACUCCACCCCCAGCACAACAUCCCUCCAGUGACUGUGGCUGGUGUCUCUCUUAUGUUCCUUGUUAGACUGUGAGCCCUUUGGGGACAGGGAGCCAUCUUGCUUGUUUGUUAUUUCUCUGUGCAAAGCGCCCUGAGCCAUUUUCGGAAGGGUGGUAGAGAAAUCGAAUAAACUAAUAAACCACAAGGAUGCCCCCCCCCCGUAGCAUUCCCUGUCAGAGGGCUUCCCAGAGGCUGCCGCCUACAACUCCCAGCAUCCCCAGCUGCAAUGGCCUUUGGCUGGGGAUGCUGGGAGUUGUAGUCAACCGCAGCUGGGAUUCUCUGCUCCGCCUUGUGACCCCAGAAACCCCCACCAUCCGGCUCACGGCCUUUGCCUCUUGGGACCAACGCCCCAAGCAGGAAGAGGGGGAGGACGGCGAAGAUAUCCAGUGCACCAGAGCCCGGCGCGGGACGUCUGGGCGCGCUCUGGAACGCUGCGCACGAGUACAGCGCCCCCCUGUGGGAAAGGAAUUGUUGGACUUCCCAGUCUCCGGACCCCGCGGCCAUGCAAGCAGCCAGCCCCGGCGACAAAGGCCCUUCCGUCUCCUCAGAAGAGGGCCCAGCACGCCGACUGGGAGGGCAGGGGGAGCGAUGCAAGCGUGGCCGUUGCCCCCAACGUGUGGGGCUAGGACCAUGCCCCUGCCUCACGGAACCCACCGUGCUGCCGCCCGGCAGACCUUGGCAUUGCUUCGGGCAGUGUCCACGAAGACGGCCUCCUCCCCUUUACCUCCCUCCCUCCCUAGCAGGGCAGUCCCCAAGCAGAGAGAGAGCUUUGGGGGGCAGAGCAGAGACCCCCCCCAUCCUGGCCUCAGCCAGACUCCGGAGUGGACUCUGGGCAGGCAGUAUCUCUCCUGCCAAGGGGCUGCUUCCUUGGACCGAGGGCGGGCCAGGCCGAGACGGGUCCUCCUCCUCCUCCCUGGGGGAAAGCAACUCCCCUUUGCCCAACACCUCCUCCUCACUUGCUCCUUGGCAGAUUCCAGAUCUUUCCACCGGCUUCAGCUGGGGGGGUUGGGGGCUGGCAGUGGGAGGGCAUCAGCCACCGCAUGCCCACAAGGGACUAGCUGGCGUGUCAAGGACAUCCUUCCUUGCCCACAUCUGGCCCUCAGCCGACCACUUGGCAACCAGCUGGCCAGGGUGCUCCUCCUCCCUCCCUCCCUCCUUCAUUCCCGAACCAUCGCAGGAAGCGGGCCAGAAAGUACAAUGCCUAAACUUUGCCGCCGCCGCCGCUGCUGCUGCUGGGUGCAGAGGAGGAGGAGAAGGAAGACUCUGCGUGGCUCUCCGGAAUUGGUUCGGAACCGCGUCCUUCGCGGAAUCCCCUCGGCUUCCUCAUCUCUGCCAGUGGCUCCAAGGAUCAGGACCUCCCUGGUGGUCAGCCUGUUGCUCCUGCUCCUGCCUCAUGGUCCAGACUUUGCCACUGCUGCUGCUGCUGCUGCUGCUGCUGGGUGCAGAGGAGGAGCAGAAGGAAGAGUCUGCCUGGCUCUCCGGAAUUGGUUCGGAACCGCGUCCUUCGCGGAAUACCCUUGGCUUCCUCAUCUCUGCCAGAGGCUCCAAGGAUGAGGACCUCCCUGGUGGUCAGCCUGGUGCUCCUGCUCAUGGCUCAUGGUCCAGACUUCGCCACUGCUGCUGCUGCUGCUGGGUGCAGAGGAGGAGCAGAAGGAAGAGUCUGCGUGGCUCUCCGGAAUUGGUUCGGAACCGUGUCCUUCGUGGAAUCCCCUCGGCUUCCUCAUCUCUGCCAGAGGCUCCAAGGAUGAGGACCUCCCUGGUGGUCAGCCUGGUGCUCCUGCUCAUGGCUCAUGGUCCAGACUUCGCCACUGCUGCUGCUGCUGCUGGGUGCAGAGGAGGAGCAGAAGGAAGAGUCUGCGUGGCUCUCCGGAAUUGGUUCGGAACCGUGUCCUUCGUGGAAUCCCCUCGGCUUCCUCAUCUCUGCCAGAGGCUCCAAGGAUCAAGACCUCCCUGGUGGUCAGCCUGGUGCUCCUGCUCAUGGCUCAUGGCCCAAACCUGGCCACUGCUGCUACUGCUGGGUGCAGAGGAGGAGCAGAAGGAAGGGUCUGCCUGGCUCUCCGGAAUUGGUUCGGAACUGCGUCCUUCGCGGAAUCCCCUCGGCUUCCUCAUCUCUGCCAGAGGCUCCAAGGAUCAAGACCUCCCUGGUGGUCAGCCUGGUGCUCCUGCUCAUGGCCGCUGCCUUCCUACCCCAGAUGCAAGCUCGCCGUGGCUUCAGUUCCAAGACGGAAUCAACCCCCAGGGCAGGAUCCGCCAGCGUUCAAGGGACCUGCUCCCUACAGUUGCUCCUAUCACAUCGAACAGCUGCUGUGACAACUACAUAAGGAGGCACCUUCCAAUGUGGUACCUGAAAUCCUUUGAAUACACCGGUGAACAUUGUCCCACGCUAGCUGUGGUAUUGAUUACCAGCCAUGAUCAGCGGCCCUGUGCUGAUCCCAGGCUGAAAUGGGUCCGGGAGAGAAUCCGUUCCUUCUUAGAAAAGUAACCAGGUCCUGUUUCCGCCUCCUCUACCCCCAGAAGGGAAGAGAAAUGACCAAUCGGGAGCUACCGGCUUGUGGAGGAGAGGAGGAAGUUAUACAAGGCUGAACAUUAGGCUGUAUCCAUCGUCAUGGAUAGCUUCAAAGGGGAUGGCUGCCUUGAACUAUUAUUAUUAUUUAUUGUUUUGAAUAACCACAUGUACACUUUGAUUGCUCAUUUAUUCUUCUCAUCAUAAAA